CUUUAAGAGAAGUCACCUGUCAGACAUCGAACAUGUGAUCAGUGCCAGGUGAGUAAGAAGGCAUCUAGCUGUGCAGCCACAGUUGCAGAGUACUACUACUACCUCUGUGUACUGCUUUGUACAGCAGUAUGCAGCUGCGCUACCACACUGGAAUAUAGUUCUCCUUUGCCGGUGAAGAUCUGUAACCUGCUCAUGCUAUAAGUUUAACUUCGAGGGAAAAAAGCUUCUUGGACCUUAUUUUGGAAUGAUGUCAGACACUUACAGAGUAUAACUAAAGCCCAUGGCCACCAAACAUUAGAAUGCCUCAGAAAAGAAACCCUCUCAGUGUGGAUGUGAAGCUGAGGAUCAGGACGUUUUCACAGGUGCAGAUGUACUCAAACCUCAGAUUGACAAACAUUUGAGUGGGGGGUGGAGCCUGCAGGUGGUGAUGUCAAAGCGAGGAGCAGGAGGGCGGGGUAAGGGGGAGCGACUGGACACCAUGGCAACUCUUCAAGCAGCCAAUGAGGAGCUCAGAGCAAAACUGACAGAGAUCCAGAUCGAACUACAACAGGAAAAGAACAAGGUGAGCCGACUGGAGAGGGAGAAAAGUCAGGAGCUGAAGGCAGAGCAUCACCGGGCCGCAGUUGCUGUGACUGAGCUGAGGACCAAACUCCAUGAGGAGAAGCAGAAGGAGCUUGCACUCACCCGGGAGACGUUACUACGGCAACAUGAGAUGGAGCUCAUGAGGGUCAUAAAGAUCAAAGAUGGUGAAAUCCAACGUCUUAAUGGACUGGUGCUCACCUUAAGGGAUGGAUCCACAGACAAGGUGAGGAGCGCCCUGCUGGGGGAAGUGGAGGAGGCGAGAAGGAGCUGGGAGGCGGAGCGUUGUCGCUUCCAACACGAGAUUCUUGAGCUGAGGGGAGCAAAGAGGAAUGCUGAGGAGGCGCUGACAUCGGCUCAGCAGGCCUGCCAGGCCAGAGCAGCCGAGCUGCGAUCAGCUCAUCAUCAACACCAAGAGGAGCUUAACAGGACCAAGAGAGACUGUGAGAGAGAGAUUCGCCGCCUGAUGGAUGAGAUAAAGCUGAAGGACAGAGCUGUCAGUGUUUUGGACAAAGCCCUCGGUCUGCAGGCUGGACACGCCCACCGCCUCCAGCUGCAGACUCAGGCUGCUGAACAGCAAAUUGCAGCCCUGAGAGAUGCACAGAGGGCGGGGCUAAACCACCCCACUCUUAACCCCAACCCCAACAACGCUCCUCACAUUUCUCAGGAGGAUCGUGACACUCGGAGGUUUCAGCUGAAGAUAGCUGAGCUCAGUGCCGUCGUCAGGAAGUUAGAGGAUAGAAACGCUCUACUGUCAGAAGAACGCAACGAAUUGUUGAAGCGCCUGAGAGAAGCCGAGAGUCAGUUUCUUCCUCUUCUGGACAAGAACAAGCGUCUGAGCCGCAAAAACGAAGAGCUGGCUCUAGCAUUGCGUCGCCUCGAUAACAAGCUUCGCUUCGUCACCCAGGAGAAUCUGGAGAUGGUAACUAUGAGGAGGCCAAGUUCAUUAAAUGAUCUGGACCGCAGCCACUCCACCAGUUACCAUGGUUACAGUCAGGACGAGAGAGAGAUGGAGUUUCUGCGGUUACAAGUCCUGGAGCAGCAACACAUCAUUGAUGACCUGUCCAAGGCUCUGGAGACAGCUGGUUAUGUGAAGAAUGUGAUUGAGAGAGACAUGUUACUGAGGUACCGGCGUCAGGAAUCGGUGAGGAGAAAACGGACCUUCAGAGCCUGCAGGGUCAUUGAGACGUUUUAUGGUUAUGAUGAAGAGGCGUCUGUGGAUUCUGAUGGCUCGUCUUUGUCCUUUCACACUGACAGAACUCCAGAUACUGAACCAGAUGAGGUAUGCGUGCGUGAGGAGGCGGAGCUUCGUUACCGUCAGCUGACUCAGGAGUACCAAGCGCUGCAGCGAGCGUAUGCUCUGUUAGCGGAGACGAGUGGCGGAAACUACGAUGCAGAGAAGGAGAUCAAGACCAGAGAGCAGCUGCUGAGUGAGAUCAGUCGAUACCAGAGCAGAGUUUCAGAUCUGGAAUCAGCGCUGAAGCAGCAAGGACUGGACCUGAAGUGGGUGGAGGAGAAGCAGGCGUUAUAUCGGAGGAAUCAGGAGCUGGUGGAGAAGGUCAGGCAGAUGGAAGGUGAAGAGCUGCGACUGAAAAACGACAUUCAGGAUGUCAAAGACCAGAACGAGCUGCUGGAGUUCAGGAUCCUGGAGUUAGAGGAGAGGGAGCGGCGCUCACCCGCCAUCAAUUUCCAACAGCUCCAUUUCCCAAAAGGCCUCAGUCCUCUACAGGUUUACUGUGAGGCAGAGGGAGUCACUGACAUUGUGAUGAGUGAGCUGAUGAAGAAGCUGGACAUUCUGGGAGAUAACGCCAAUCUGUCCAAUGAAGAGCAGGUGGUGGUAAUACAUGCCCGGACGGUACUCACUCUAGCAGAAAAGUGGCUGGAGUCCAUUGAAGUGACAAAAUCGGCUCUCCAGCAGAAAAUGUUGGACAUCGAGAGUGAGAAGGAGCUGUUCAGUAAGCAGAAAGGUUACUUGGAUGAAGAGCUGGACUACAGGAAGCAGUCGAUGGAUCAGGCCCAUAAGAGGAUCCUGGAGCUGGAGGCCAUGUUGUUUGAGGCUCUGCAGCAGGAAGAGGAAUCCAGGAUAGAGGGAUUAAAGAUGGAGGGUCGACUGUCUGAGAGUCUGACAGAGGGAGAGAGAGAGGAGCUGAGGAGAGCCAUGGACCAGUGGAAACGAACUGUGAUGUGUGAGCUCAGAGAGAGAGAUGCCCAAAUUCUUCGAGAGCGGAUGGAACUACUGCAGCUCACCCAACAGAGGAACAAGGAGCUGGAAGAAUUUAUAGAAGCACAGAAACGACAGAUUAAAGAGCUGGAAGAGAAGUUCCUUUUCCUGUUUCUCUUCUUCUCUUUGGCCUUCAUCCUAUGGUCCUAACAGCCGCAGUGUGUGCAGACCACCACAGUCCAGCAGCUGAGUGGCCAGGUCAGCUCAGUCUGGAUCAGACCAGGAGGACUCGAAAGGAUUCCUGGAACCAGCAGCUCACCAACCGAGGGUCUAUGGGUUCU